AGCUUGGACACGCGAAACACACACCCCACAGCGAGUUAGCUGUAGGUUUUGCGAUCUAUUUCGUUUGCCAAGGAACCCCCUCGAAGCAGCAACAGCAACAGCAGCAGCAGAACGGUGGGGUCGAUUGUGGUAGGUCUUCUCCUCCGGUGCAUGAAACUCCGCUUGAAGGCAAACCCGUGAGUUUCGAUCCUGCACAACAAUAGCUCCCGCAACGAAUUGGCAAAAAACUUGGAGAAGGGAACUGCUGACGACUGCUAUUGACGUCAACCUUCGAGCUGAACUGAAGCUGAACACCUGCGGUUCAUCUUGCGCAAACACAUCUAGACACUACCCCCGAAAGUAAAAUGAGACGACCGAGCGAAUCCGAUUUCAACAAAUCACAUCUACCAGAUGUGGACGAAGAAAGCGAAACCGAUCUGGCGUUCGAGCGGCCUGUGUCGGCUCGAUCGUCCCACUCGCCGGAUUCCGGCUUCAAAAGCUUCCGUUCCGAUCGCAAGACUUCCAGCGCCUCCACCGGCUCCGAUGUGUACUGGGAGGCAACCGGAAGACGCCGAAGCUCAGACCAAGGAGCCGUACUGACGACGGAUACCGACAGCUUCAUCAUCGGCCAGCGUGUCUGGGUCGGAGGAAUCCGCCCAGGUCAGAUAGCCUACAUCGGCGAGACGCAUUUUGCCCCAGGCGAAUGGGCAGGCGUGGUAUUGGACGAACCGAACGGCAAGAAUGAUGGUUCAGUCGCCGGAAAGCGCUACUUCCAGUGUGAACCGAAGAAGGGCGUCUUCUCACGGCUUACUCGGCUUACCCGAGACGCCCUGGCCAGCGGUGGGGCUGGAGACUCCGCCGUCACCACACCACUUGAUGCCAGCUUCCGUUCGCUGACGUCACCGGCUCGAUCCGGUACCGUCUCGCCAACGCACAGCGUCCAGAGCUACGCCAGCAAAUCACCGGCCAUCGCCGGAACGGCCACACUGAACGUUGGCGACCGAGUUAUCGUAUCGUCCGGGUUCGGUUCCCGGCCGGGCAUCCUGAAAUUCAUCGGGGAAACGCAAUUUUCCAGCGGCACCUGGUGCGGCGUACAGUUGGAUGAGGCAAGCGGCAAGAAUGAUGGCACAGUCGAGGGAGUCAGGUACUUCGAGUGUCCGGCCAAGUGUGGUAUAUUUGUGCCGAUUGCCAAGGUCACGCUGUCACCGUCAGCCCGCAAGACGUCCGCCCGAUUGUCCCGGGCCAAUUCGAAGGAAUCGCUCAACUCGAUGGCCACGAUGAGCUCGAUCGCCACCACGGCCACUUCUCGGCUUCGGAUGAGUGCACAGAGGAGGAAGAAAUCAACGGUCAGCAGCGCAGUGCCGUCGACGCCGAAAGCUUCCUUUUCGCUGCAGGAUGUCCUCCGGGAGAAGCAAAACCACAUCGAGCAGCUCAUGCAGGAGCGGGAAAUUGAUCGUGAGGAAACAGCAAACCAAUCGAUUAUGUAUCAGAAGAACAUUACACAGCGCGAUACCACCGACAGCGAGGUAGGCCGCUGGGCCGAGCUGGUACGACGGCGCGCCCUCCGGAUUGCCGAUCUCCGACGCGAGUUCCAAGGCUGGCAUGGAAACCACGAGCGACACUGCAUCCUGCACGACGUCCUGCUGGCUUAAGGGCGGAACGUAGGUCUGCUGGGUUGAGGCGCUUUUCCUGCCCGGCGGGAGUCGGCUCCCUAUUAGCUAGCUGGCUGCGUGUAUCGACCAUCGAGCAUACAAUAAUCGCACCCAAUCUGACGUGCAGACCCAGAGGACGGCAGACACAUACACACACACACACACAGACGGUGACGUUUGUGGCUGGGGAUCGAACCGUUUGCAGCUGGUUUGGACAACGUUCUUCUCCACGGUCACAAACUAAUCCCGCGAAAGAAAUUGAGAGGGAGCCGCCAUGGGCAUUAGGGCAGAAGAAUAAAGUACGGCAGAAAACGUUGCGGUUUGGCUGGCUGACAUUCGAAAGCAUCAUUCCCUUGUCUCUAUCUCUCUGACACAACAGACAUACAAGUACGCGAAAACUUCCCUAUUUACAACAAAAAAAUGCGGCUGCUAACAUGCCCCGACCAGCUGGCAAGUUUUUAAGGUAGAUUUUAAGGCUUUCAUGGAAAACAUUACUGUUAUGGCGACAUUUUAUAAAUGCGGCAAUUAAAACGAAGCUUGCUUAAUUUUGAAC